GGAGGUGUGGCGUCUGGUCGUGGUUCAGGCCGCUUGGGCUCUUGGGGUCGCCGCCGUCGCCGCUGCCGCCACCUUCGCCCUCCCCCACUUCCUCUUCCCUGGCCUCUUCUCCUGGGUCCCGGGAGUCCCUGCCCGGGGAGGUACCAUUGCUGAUCGUGGUGCUUGAGUGGAGUGUUGGUUGGUGACGGCAUGACAAGUGAGGUGAUAGAAGAUGAGAAACAAUUCUAUUCAAAGGCCAAGAUGUACUGGAAGCAAAUCCCACCCACAGUGGACGGCAUGCUUGGGGGGUAUGGCCACAUCUCCAGCAUCGACAUCAACAGCUCCCGGAAGUUUCUGCAGAGGUUUUUGAGGGAAGGCCCGAACAAGACCGGAACUUCCUGUGCCCUGGACUGUGGCGCUGGCAUUGGCAGGAUCACCAAGCGGCUGCUCUUACCGCUGUUCAGGGUGGUGGAUAUGGUUGAUGUGACAGAGGACUUUCUGAUUAAAGCCAAGACCUACCUGGGGGAGGAAGGCAAGAGGGUGAGGAACUACUUCUGUUGUGGUCUCCAGGACUUCAGCCCAGAGCCGGACUCUUACGACGUGAUCUGGAUCCAGUGGGUGAUAGGCCACCUAACUGAUCAGCACUUGGCUGAGUUCCUCCGGCGCUGUAAGGGGGGACUCCGCCCCAAUGGCAUCAUCGUCAUCAAAGACAACAUGGCCCAGGAGGGCGUGAUCCUAGAUGAUGUGGACAGCAGCGUGUGCCGGGACCUCGAAGUGGUCCGUAGGAUCAUCCACAGCGCAGGCCUCAGCCUCUUGGCCGAGGAGAGGCAGGAGAACCUCCCUGAGGAGAUCUACCAUGUCUACAGCUUUGCCCUGAGAUGAACUGGGCUGGCAGGAGAAACUGAGGACCCACGGCCCUGGUGGGGGUUGCUAGCAGUUGCUUGAGAUGCAGGCUCUACACUGAUGGCUGUAGAGUGUUGAGGCUGCUAAAUAUACCUGUCUGCCAUCCACUCA